UGUAUAUUUUUUUCUUUGCUCCUGUGAAACCCAAGUUUAUUCCAUCAAUUGAUUCUUCUAAGAUCCCUUUAUUCUCUCUCGUAUAUAUUGUUUUCAUUCGGAUCUGUCUAUGCCCAGACAAAAACAAAACCUAACCUUUCUCCCCAGUCCUCCCCCAUCAAUUUAAAAGCUUCCAUUUUCUUCAAAGGUGAAAAUUAAAAAAAAUAAUAAAAUUACAGAUGUCGUCGAUCAACGGCCACAAUCACAGUGAUUAUUCAGAGAAAAUGCAGAGGUGUCAAGAUUACGUUCAUGGAUUAGAGCAAGAGCGUUCCAAGAUUCAAGUUUUCCAACGUGAACUCCCUCUUUGUCUCGAGCUUGUUACCCAAGCAAUUGAGGCAUGCAAGCAGCAGUUACACGGGCAAUUAUCGGAAUGUUCGGAGCAGACAUCAAGCGACGUCGUUCCGGUGCUGGAAGAGUUCAUCCCUAUCAAAAGGGCAUUUUCGUCAUUUCACUCCGACGAAGACGAUGAAGAAGAAGAAGAGCAGGAAUCGAAGAAGCUGAAAAACGACGACGAUAGCAGCAACAAAAAAUCUGAUUGGCUUAGAUCUGUUCAGCUCUGGAAUAAUCAAACCCCAGAUCUGUCAAAAGAGGAUUCGCCGAGAAAAGUGGCGGUGACGGAGGUGAAGAGGAACGGUGGCGGCGGCGCAUUUCAUCCCUUUAAGAAGGAGAAGAGUACUACUACUACUACUGUAGCGGUUGUUGCAGCUCCUCCACAAGAAGGGUCGAUGCCACCGGCAUCCACCAGCUCCACGGCGGAGACAGGCGGCGGAAAUAAGAAGGAAGAUAAGGAGUCGCAGUCGCAGAGAAAGUCAAGGAGGUGUUGGUCACCUGAGUUACACAGACGAUUCCUGCAAUCCCUUCAACAACUCGGUGGCUCACAUCUUGCCACUCCUAAACAAAUUAGGGAGUUGAUGAAGGUUGAUGGUCUCACUAAUGACGAGGUUAAGAGCCAUUUACAGAAGUAUCGGUUACACACAAGAAGGCCUAACAACCAGUCAAUGCAAAACAACAACAACAACAAUCAACAAGCGCCGCAAUUUGUGGUGGUCGGAGGAAUAUGGAUGCAGCCGGAAUAUGCUACUCCAAUGGCGGCAGCAACCACCACUUCCGGGGAGGCAGCUUCCGGUGUGGCCAACUCCACCGGAAUCUAUGCCCCGGUAGCUUCCCUGCCGCCACCCUUCCACCACGCCUCUAAACAAAGACAACAUAUUUCCGAUAAUGAUAGAGGCUGCAGCCAUAGUGAUGGCGGAGUACAUUCGAAUUCUCCGGCCACCUCCUCCUCCACGCAUACAAGCACAGCCUCACCGGCUAUUUACUGAUUGUAUUUUUUUUUUUAUUUAAGUUGUAGAAAUUGAAUUUACAGCUGUAAUUCGUGAAAUUUUUGCAGUGAAUUAAAUUAUAGAGUGGGACAAGAGUUGAUUUUGUGUCAUUUUCGUAAUUUUAAUUUUUUUUUAAUUAUAUGAUUUUAAUUUGUAUCUCUUGUAACUUGGAAGCAUGCAUUUGAUAAUGACACUCGAAUUGAUUAAUCAUUGAUUAAAGUUUUAUUUCCCAGUG